GCUAACACAGGUCCCGCCCCCUGGAAGGGAACUUCCGGCGCAGUGGAAUUCCGGGUACCGGCCGCGGCUGCUGGCUGGCGCACCCUGUUGUCUUAGAGGAGGCCCCAUGAGUGCGGCGCCCCUCGUGGGCUACAGCAGCAGCGGCUCUGAGGAUGAAGCCGAGGCCGGGACCCAGGCCCGGCCGGGCGCUGGAGGCCGCCCUCGUGGCCAGAGUCCCUUUCCCAACCAGAAGUUGCCAGUACCGGACAGUGUGCUACACAUGUUCCCAAGCACCGAGGAGGGGCCUGAAGAUGACAGUGCAAAACAUGGGGGCCGCGUGCGCACCUUCCCCCACGAACGGGGCAACUGGGCUACCCAUGUCUACCUGCCGUAUGACGCCAGGGAGGAGUUCAUGGAUCUGCUUGACACGUUGCUGUUCCACGCCCAGACAUAUGUCCCUCGGCUGGUGAGGAUGGAGGCCUUCCACCUCAGCCUGUCCCAGAGCGUGGUUCUGCGGCAUCACUGGAUCCACCCCUUCGUGCAGGCUCUGAAAGACCGCAUGGCCUCCUGCCAGAGAUUCUGCUUUACUGCCAACCAGAUAAAGAUUUAUACCAAUCAAGAGAAAACCAGGACCUUUGUUGGGCUUGAGGUCACCUCAGGGCACACCCAGUUCCUGGACCUGGUUUCAGAGGUAGACAGAGUCAUGGAGGAAUUUGACCUCGCCACUUUCUACCAGGACCCUUCCUUCCACAUCAGCCUGGCCUGGUGUGUGGGCGAUGCUCAACUCCAGCUGGAAGGGCCGUGCCUGAGGGAACUACAGGAGAUCGUGGAUGAGUUCGAAGACUCGGAGAUGCUGCUGCGCAUGCACGCUGAGCAGGUCCGCUGCAAGUCUGGGAACAAGUUCUUCCUGAUGCCUUUGAAGUGAGCACCAGAGGCCCGUCUUGUCCCAGGCCCCGCUGCAGGCCAGGCAGAGAUGGAGGAGCCUCCCACUGGGAGGCCUGGCUGGAGCUGCGGCCACUCCUGGUAGUCCCUGGGGCCUGGUUCUCUCCCAGCCCUUUUGGGCCGUAGGUCCAGUGCUGUCGUGUUGUGGUCAUUCCCAGAAGUCACCAGUAGAGGGCAGCCGGGCUUCCUGGUUCUAGGUCUGAGGUGGUUAUGCCAAAAAAAAAAAAAAAAGGGGUCACCUGGUGAGCCCACCCAUACUCAGCCACAAUCCCCACUGUUGUCCCUCCAACACAUGGCCCCUCCCCAAAUUCCCCCAUGCCCCCAUCAGCUGUUUACAUUGCGACGCCUUUGGCCCCUGACCAGCGUUUUUAAAACCAUCGUGCCCUGGCUCAUCCCUGCUCCAGCCAGGACAUAGGGUGCUUCGAGGGGUCUGUCACCCUCCCUCCUCGAAGCAUGUCACUUUUAUUUAUUUAUUUUUAGUCUCUCCCCUUCACGUGCCAGCGGAGGCUAUUUCAGGGCUAAGGUGCAGGGUGCUAAUUUGAGGCUCAGCAUCAGUUUUCUCCCUUCCUCCCACUCGCCCCCAGCCAGGUGCCUGGGGAGACUUGAGCAGAUGUUUCAUUCUGGCCUGGCUGGUGGCUUUAAGCCAGGCCUCCAACGCUCUGUGACCUCUGAUUUCCCAUCAGCUUUCCCAAGGAGGCAGAGCGGCGCCUUCCCCCAGUCAGAGUUCACCUUCUGCAGCCUCCAGCUGCCCGCUGUGGCCUGCAGGCCUUCUGAGGGCACAUGGCCGAGGGGCAAGGGCUGCACAGGGUUUUCAGGCCCUCACCAGAGCAAAGGACCUGUCCUCUCCACUUGCCAUCUGGAUUUCUGGUGAUAAGAGAUUUUUAUGUUAUCGUUUUAAAUUAUACUUAACAAAUAAAAAUUUCAGUUUUUAUUUUGGA